AUGUUUCCAUUUGUGGACAUACCAAACCCUGGUGGACAUGGAAAAGAAAAUGGGCUCCGUUUUCCAUUUUUCCAGAAUUGCAGUCUUUACAUACACAAUCUUCACGUGCAAGCCAAGUUUGGCAGUGUCUUCCGUUUUCGAUCGCAAGUCUAUGGUCGCUUAGUCUGUAUUUGGCUAAUAAUUGUCUAUAUUUGUCGUCUCUCUCCUUCCUCUGUACAGCAAACCCUGGUGGACAAGGUGUCCCGUAGGCAGCGUGUGGACAUGAGCCUGCUCUUCCUCAACAUUAAAGUCAGACGCCUGCAGCUGGUCAGCGACUCCCUGGAUGAGCUGGCGAGAAAGCGGGCGGACCUGAAGAAGAAGCUAAAAGUGACGUUUGUUGGCGAGGCGGGCCUGGACAUGGGCGGCUUGACAAAGGAGUGGUUUCUUCUCCUGAUUCGACAGAUUUUUCACACAGACUACGGCAUGUUUACAUACAUCAAGGAGUCGCAGUACCACUGGUUCAGCAGCUGGAACUGUGACAACUGCUCAGAGUUUCGACUGGUCGGAUCUCUGAUGGGCCUGGCGCUGUACAACAGCAUCACGCUGGACAUCCGCUUCCCCCCGUGCGUCUACAAGAAGCUGCUCAACCCGCCCAUGGUGCCUUGUGACCCGGACGCCCCCGUCGGCAUCACCCCCCUCACCCUGGAGGACCUCCAGCAAGUCAUGCCGGAUCUGGCGCACGGCCUGUCGGAACUCCUGAGCUACGAGGGCAACGUGGAGGAGGAUUACUACACAACCUUCCAGGUUUUCCAGGAAGAGAUGGGAGUCAUCAAGUCGUACAAUCUGAAACCGGGCGGCGAUAAGAUCCCCCUGACCAACCACAACAGAAAAGAAUAUGUCCAGCUGUACAUCGAUUUCCUGCUGAAUAAGUCCAUUGAGAAGCCCUUUGCAGCCUUCUACCAUGGCUUCCACAGCGUGUGUGCCUCUGACGCUAUCAUGUUGCUGAGGCCGGAGGAGAUUGAGGUGCUGGUGUGUGGCAGUCCCCAUCUGGACAUGGUGUCUCUGCAGAGGGUGGCCCAGUACGAGGGCUUCAGCAAGACAGACCCCACCAUCCGGUACGUACAUGCACAUGUCUCUUCUCCUUCUCUUCUAAUAUUCUUUCAUCAACUCUCUUCACUUACCCUCUCCUCAACCCGUGGUUCUCUUCUCUUACAAACGACCCCACUAUCCA